CUCUUACACUCACUAUAUCAAAGAAAUGAAUCAAUCAAUUAAUUAAACAAACCAAAACCAAAACCAAAACCAAAACCAAAAAGCCCAACAACAACAACAACAACACAUUCAUUCAUUCAUUCUAUCCUCAAUAGUUAAAAGACCAAACCAGUCAUGGACACACCAACAACAAUCCCUCAAGACUUAUCCUCCAAGAGGCACUUCCACUGGACCAGCAACAAGGUUGGAAACGAAGAAGCUGAACCACAACCACCCACCUCAGAAACAGUGACCAAAACCUUAAAGGAUCACACAACAAAAGAGGAUGAUGACAAGGUUGUUUCAGCUUCAGGAAUUUCAGCAACCACCUCGCACGCAACCAGGAAGAAGCUUCAGGCGGUGGCGGUUUCCAGGCUACGCUCUGUUCUCACCAUGUUCGGGAAGAAUCGCUCCGGCCUACCCUUUGGACUCGGUUCUCGGGUUGUCGGUACGCUCUUCGGGUACCGUCGGGGGCAUGUGCAUUUCGCGUUUCAGAAGGACCCCACUUCGCCACCGGCGUUUCUCAUCGAGCUGGCGACGCCGAUAAGCGGUUUGGUUCGAGAAAUGGCUUCUGGGUUGGUUCGAAUUGCUCUGGAGUGUGAUAAGGAGAAGGGGAAGGAGAAAGAGAAGGAAGCAGAGAAGAAGGGUGUGAGGUUGCUGCAGGAGCCUCUGUGGAGGACUUACUGUAAUGGGAAGAAGUGUGGGUUUGCUACCAGGAGAGAAUGCGGUGAGAAGGACUGGGAGAUUCUGAAAGCGGUGGAGCCAAUUUCAAUGGGUGCUGGUGUUUUGCCAGGGAGUAAUACUAAGAAUGGAGGUGGUGGUGAAGGUGAAGCUGCAGGGUCUGAUGGUGAAAUCAUGUACAUGAGGGCAAGGUUUGAGAGAAUUGUUGGGUCUAGAGACUCUGAGGCUUUCUACAUGAUGAAUCCUGACAGCAAUGGUACACCUGAGCUCAGUGUUUAUUUGCUUAGAGUCUAGCUCAACUCAAGCUCUUCGAUGCAGGGUUUUAAGUUGCGGCGGAAUUGCAGACAAAUGCGGGUUGAAAUGGCCACAAUUGCGGUUGCAGACUGCGAUUUGGAACCUUUUGCCUGAAUGGAAGCUCUGUUUAGUGUUUAGUUAUACUUACCUCCCUUUUUCAUUUUUAGUUUUUGUUCUUUGUGGAUUUGGUUAACUAGGUUGUUCCUUUAUUACAUGUUUAGCUCUUCAAUCAUGAAAAUGGAGACCUAGUUCUGUCCAUGUUUUUUUCUUUUCUCAUCCCUCUUCUUCCUGGAGGUAGAAGAAGUUGGGUUUCUGUAUUUUUUUUGUUAGAAUAGGAGGCAGAGAAGGGGGAAUUGUGGGCAAUCAAUACUUUACAGUAUUAUGGUGGGGGAUGAAAGGUGUAUAUGUAUAGUUUUCUUUGGAAUCCUUUUAAUUAGUGUUAUGAGAAGGAGAUUAAUGCAAAUCAUGAUUGUCUUCGCA